CACACACACACACACACACACACACACAGGUCCUCCUGUGCGCGCGCACAGGAGGAGGAGGAGGUGGAGGCUCAUCAGUGCGCGCAUCGGAGCAGCGCGUAAAGUCAGAGUCAUUUUCAGAGAAAAAGUGCGAGAAGUGAAACUGCAGGGCCAGAAGAGUGCAGGCUGAGCAGAGCUUCCACAGGUUGAAAUGGCUUCGCAGGAGGCCAAAGAGUUGCUCUCACUGGGCCCUUCAGAAGUGGGCUCGCUGAACGACGGAGUCAACUUCAGGAAAAACCCAGAGGACGGCAAAUGCUACAUCAUAUACAAGAGCGGCGAGGGCAUCAGAGCGUGCAAGAACCAGUGCAAACACCAGGGCGGGCUGUUCAUCAAAGACAUCGAAGACCUGGACGGCAGGACCGUUAAAUGCACCAAGCACAACUGGAAACUCAACGUAUCCACCAUGAAGUACGUGAACCCGCCGGACAGCUUCCUCCAGGACGAGCUGGAAGUGGAAGUCUCAGACGAUGGAGGUCUUCGCCUGUUGGAGCUGAACCCCGUCGACCCCUGGCUGGCCGACCCCCGAACGCCUCUUGAACUCCAGGAGGGAGAAGUGAAGGUGACGUACCUGACCCACGCCUGCAUGGAGCUGCAGCUGGGGGGCAAGCGCCUCAUGUUCGACCCCUGGCUGAAGGGCCCCGCCUUCGCCCGAGGCUGGUGGCUGCUCCACGAGCCCCCCGAGGACGCCCUGGACCGGAUGUGUGCGGCCGACCUGAUCUACAUCAGCCACAUGCACUCAGACCACCUCAGCUACCCGACUCUGAAGGUCCUGUCGGAGAGGAGGCCGGACAUGCCCAUAUAUGUGGGCGACACAUCCAGACCGGUGUUCUGGUAUCUGGAGCAAAGCCAGGUCAAGCUGACCAACAUCAACGUCACUCCUUUUGGCGUCUGGCAGAAUAUCGACGACCACCUCAGGCUGAUGAUCCUGAUGGACGGAGUCCACCCUGAAAUGGACACCUGCAUCAUUGUUGACUAUAAAGGUCACAUGAUCCUGAACACCGUGGACUGCACCAGGCCUAACGGGGGCAGGCUCCCCCACAACGUGGACUUGAUGAUGGGCGACUUCGCUGGAGGGGCGUCCGGGUUCCCCAUGACCUUCUAUGGGGGCAAAUACACCGAGUCCUGGAAGGAGCAGUUUAUCCGAAACGAGAGGAAGAAGCUGCUGAAUUACAAGUCCGACCUGGUGAGGUCUCUGCAGCCGAGGAUCUACUGCCCGUUCGCCGGCUAUUUUGUGGAAGCUCAUCCAUCGGACAGGUACAUUAAGGACACGAACAUUAAGAACAGUCCCGUGAGCCUCAACGAGCUCAUCAACAGAACCGCACCCGACAUCAAGACGUGGACCCCCAAACCAGGCGCCGUGCUGGACCUGGGCCUCGCUCUCAGAGACCCCAGCAACAGCGCGGCCAUCACCGAUCCUCCUGCCGGCGCCAAAAUCUAUAAGGACAGCUGGGAGUUCAGCUUGUAUGUGGACGAGCUGAACCGCGCCAUCAGCAGCGCCAUUUUUAAACACCCGGGCUGGAUCCAGUUUUAUUAUACCUGGGCGGGCUUCGCAAACUACAACCUCGUGGUUCGGAUGGUCGAGACGGACGACGCCUUCGAGCCGGUCGCCGCCGGCUACGACUACCUGGUGGACUUCCUGGAUCUGUCCUUCCCCUCGUCCAGGCCGGACAGAGAGCACUCCUACCUGGAGAUUAAGAACCGGAUGGGUGUGAUGAGGCACGUGGUUCUGCACGGCGGUCUCUGGGACGACCUCUACAUCGGCUUCCAGAACCGCAUCAGCAGAGACCCUGACGUCUACCACCACAAGUUCUGGAACCACUUCCAGGCGGAGCUUCCUGUCCGGGCACCAGACUGGGGCCUGUUCCUGCAGCGGACGCCCCCCGUCCAGGAGCCUGACGGGCCUCGGGACGACCAGACUUUGUGGAACUACUGUGCACUGAUGUGAAGGUCAUCAGAGUCACAAUCAGAACCAGAAGCAGGAUCUUAUUUACUGCCGAGAAUCAUAAACUCUACAAGGAAUUAGUUUUGGUGGUGGUGCAGAGAUAGAAAAAAUAAAGGCACAAGUGUGAAAUAUAAAUAGAGGGAAUUAAGAGAGAAGGGAAAUAACACAAUAGCUAUAACAAGGAUUUACAGAAUUUACAUAAAUUAAAACAAUUACAAAAGUAAUCACAGUAAAGGAAUGUCUAUGACACUGAAGAAUGUCUGUAGCGUGUAGUUGGUUUCUGUGUGAGUGGGGUGGGGGUGGGGGUGGGGGAGUGGAGGAGGGGGCGGAGUUCACUAUCAUCCUCACAGGCAGCUGAAUGUUUCUGCCAUGGUUCACAUCCUGUUAAAUGUCUCUUUGUGGUUAUCUGACACCCCCCCCCCCCCCCCCCCCCCACCCCCACCCCAGCAGCUCCUCUGUGAACCUUGCACAUCUUGGAGGAAGAAUGAAGACUUCCGUUUUUUUUUUUUUUUUGUUUUUUUUUGCACUUUCGUCUCCUGUUUUACAAACAGUGAAGUGAGCUUCUCCAGACUCUCCAGCGGUGUCGGGAAUCUUGGGCCCGCCUCCCCUCAGCGCCGCAUGCUGGGGGCCGGGUCCAGGGUCCAGGGUCCAGGGUCCAGGGUCAGGGCCCUCCUGAGCCCGGGACACUUCUGGGACACUUUGUGAGCUUUGAGCCUGGAAAGUGACUCGACCAUGAUGUUAUGAGACCAUCCUGACCAGCAGACUAACGUGUCAUUCAGAACCAGUCGGUGGAGGCUGGGAGUAUCCGGUUUAUUGAUCCGACUGCACAGUAAUGAAAAGCCCCGUCUUGAUUUUGCACAUUUCUUCGUUGAUGACAGAAAGUGAUCUGAGUGGAUUUGACCUUUGGCCUUUCAGUUUCAUGCAGUAGCACUUCGAACUCCGGCGAUGAAAGCCGAUUCACUCCGUUCGCCGUGUGUGAAGCUCUCGUGAUGAAUGGAUGAGUGAUUCACCUCCACAGGGGGCGACCACGUGACUGAAAGAUACUGCACAUCCUCCUGAUGCAUGAACCUAGUGGGAAAGCUUUUACUGUAAUCAGACUGUGGGUCGGUGAUACGUUCAGCGAUAGAAUCAGAGAAUCAGAGAACAGGGAAAUGAAAACAGCAUUGUUAAUGGAGGGGACUUUCAGGCCACGCUCACUCGACAGUGCCUCCACUUCUGAAAGACAGAAAAAAGAGAUUUUUUUGUAAUUUCUUGAUGAAACAGGUUGAGGAGAACUUGGUGUUGCAGACUGAUGCAGUCAUCUAUUUUCCUUUCUCACAAAUACUAUUGUUUACUGUUGUGGACAUUUUGAGAUAAAUAAAGCAGAAAAUACCAUU